AGUAAGCGAGCGAGUGGGUGGGUGGGUGAGUAAGCGAGCGAGCGGCUGGGUGGGUGGCUGGGUGAGCCACCGCGGAAUUUAUUUCCUUCAAUCGCCACCUGCAACUCCUGAGCGGACCCCCACCACCUAUCCCGCGCGCGUCGCUCCGGAACACUCGAGGCCGAUUUCACUUCACUCACCUGAAACAUUCAGCCAGGAGGAACACGAGUCGAGCAUGGCGGUAGCGAGGAGGUCGAGUCUGCUGUGUGUGGCGCUCCUCUUCUCCUGCCUCGUCAACCUCUUCUGGUUCCAACGCGGCUCCACAACGACGACAUUGCGGGACGCCGUAACAGGCGGUGAGGGGAGGGCCCUCCAGCGGUCUCUUGAGAGGGUCGCCAACGGGCCCCUGGUGGAGACACUCAACGAUGGGACUCUGACGGAGCAGCUCAACGACAUCGAGACCAUGUUGGAGAAGAUCCUCAAAGGAUUGCACAAGAGCGAUGGAGCAUCGAAGAAAGAGGUCGUGUGCGAGGGGAACCAGUGGGUACCCGAUCCCGAGACCCCGCUAUUCAAAGAGUGGGGCAAGGAGCUCCCGGCGCGGCAGAAACGCAAGGCAUGCGCCCGCUUCCUCACCUACGGCUACAACGCCUACCUGAGCGACCGGCUGCCCCUCGACCGUGACGUGCCCGACAACCGCCCUCCCGGCUGCAGCUCCAAGCGGUACCCGUCGGAGCUGCCGGCUCUCAGCCUGGUGCUGAUCUUCUAUAACGAGGCCGUCUCCAUCCUGCUGCGCGCCGUCACCUCCGCCGUGCGCAACACGCCGCACCACCUCCUCAAGGAGAUCAUCCUCGUCGAUGACUGCAGCGACUAUGAUGACCUGCAGGAAGGGUUCGACUCCCUCGUCAAGGAGCUGGGCCGCAAGUACGACCAUGUGAAAUUCCGGCUAGAGCGGCACACGGCACGGAGGGGCCUCAGCGCGUCGCGUGUCACCGGCAUCCGAGCAGCCUCAGGGCCCGUGGUGGCCGUCAUGGACGCCCAUGUGGAGUUCCCCAUUGGAUGGGCCGAGCCAAUCCUGGCGCGAAUCCAGGAGGAUCGCCGUGUGGUGGUCUCCACGGUGUUUGACAACACACACUAUGACACGUUCGUCGUACACCGCUACGAGUCGCAGGCACAGACGUUCACCUGGCAGCUGUGGUGCACCUACAGAGAGCCUCCCCUCGAGUGGAUCACCAACAAGGACCCCACGGCCCCCAUUAGGAGUCCAAUUGUGAUGGGCUGCAUGGCGGCCAGCAAGAGCUACCUGGAGGAGAUCGGGUUUCUGGAUGAAGGCAUGCAGGUGUACGGAGGGGAGAACGUGGAGCUGGGCCUCAGGGUGUGGCAGUGCGGGGGCAGCGUGGAGGUGCUGCCCUGCUCGCGCUUGGCUCACAUCGAGCGCUACUUCAAGCCGUACGCCCCGGACCUGAGCAUCCACAUGCGCAGGAAUGCGCUGCGUGUGGCCGAGAUCUGGAUGGACGACUACAAGAGGAAUGUCUACCUGGCCUGGAACCAACCCAUGAAUGGCUCUGGGAUAGACAUUGGCGAUAUCUCGGACCGCGUGGCUCUGCGCAAGCGGCUCCAAUGUAAGAGCUUCGAGUGGUACCUGGAGAACGUGCUACCCUCGCUGCCUAACCACAAGGAAAUCGUCCAGUACGGCGUGAUGAGGAGCGUUGAGAGGAAGGACCUCUGCCUGGACCGGGGCGACCCUCAGAAGAACACCCCCAUCAUCCACCCCUGCCAUGGAUUUCAACCCCAGUUGGCAGUGGAAACGUCAACAAAGAGGAUCAUGGUGGGCUUCAACGUGGACCUGAAGUCUCCCGGAGUCAUCUGCGUGGGGAUGUCCAAGACAGAGACUGAACCCGCCCUGCUCGACUGCGACCUGCAGUCGGUGCAAGAGAGGAUUCUCAAGUUCCAGGACGGAGAAAUGCGAAGCGGAGACGGAGGAAAGUGCUUGGAAGUGCAAGAGGUGGAAGGCGAGAGCUUUGGGGCUCGGCUCGUCAUCCAGCCCUGCACCGGAAAGAAGUGGAUCGUGGAGUUUUACAGUCCCCCCAAGUGAUCCCAGUCAUCAUCCUCUUCAUCAUCGUCAUUGUGAUGAAGACGACGAUGACGAUCGUGACGAUUAUCGUUUACAGAUCGAGACCAAACUUUCUAUAAUAAUUAUAAUUAAUAAUAAGAGAGGUGGCAACUGAUUGUGCCUUUGGGAUGUUUAUUUAAAGCAAUACAUAUUUAAAAGAGAACUGUAAAAAAACGACAGUGGGACGCUCUGCUGCGUUAACACGGUUGUGAAGAUUUAUGAAGGGCUGCAUUAAGUUUUGCUUUGCGCGGGAAUAGUUGCACGGCGAGAGCCGAUAUCACAAUGCGGGUGUCGAGCGACAUGGCUAGCACCGGCGUCACAAUGGGAAUGCCCGCGCGUCUCCGUUUGUGUCUCCGUGUUUGUGUCUCUGUGUGUAUGUGUGUCGGUCUGUGUGUGCGUGUCUCCGUGUGUGUGUGC